AUGUCAAGAAACCUGACCUUUCUGCUCCCCAGCCCCACAAGCAUUACGGACAGCUCCUCUGUGCUGAAUGCCUCUGUCUCAUCAAUCGUGGUUGACUGGGAAACACCAACCUUCACCACAGCUGCUCGAUUCCGUGUUGCGGCCACCCUGGUGCUUUUUGUGUUUGCUGCUGUCAGUAACCUGUCUGUGCUGCUUAGUGUAACGUUGGGUCGUGGACGACGCUUGGCCUCACACCUGCGGCCCCUCAUCGCCAGUCUGGCAUCAGCCGACUUAGUCAUGACCUUUGUGGUGAUGCCUCUGGAUGCUGUGUGGAAUGUAACAGUGCAGUGGUAUGCUGGGGAUGCCAUGUGCAAGCUGCUGUGUUUUUUGAAGCUGUUUGCCAUGCACUCUGCUGCGUUUAUUUUGGUGGUGGUGAGCCUGGACCGGCACCAUGCCAUCCUGCACCCACUGGACACUCUGGAUGCUGGUCAGAGGAACAAAAGGAUGCUGUUAGCAGCGUGGGUGCUCAGUCUGCUUCUUGCCUCCCCACAGUUGUUAAUUUUUCGAGCAAUCAAGGCCCGUGGAGUGGAUUUUGUUCAGUGUGUGACCCAUGGAAGUUUCCAGCAUCACUGGCAGGAGACAGCCUACAACAUGUUCCACUUUGUCACACUGUAUGUGUUUCCCUUGCUCGUCAUGAGUUUUUGCUACACUCGCAUUCUGGUUGAGAUCAACCGUCAAAUGCACAGAAACAAGGACAAAGUAGGGGAACCUUGCCUAAGACGCAGUGGAACCAAUAUAAUCCCGAAAGCUCGUAUGAAGACACUGAAAAUGACUAUUAUCAUUGUUGCCUCCUUUGUGAUUUGCUGGACACCAUAUUAUCUACUUGGAAUCUGGUACUGGUUCCAACCACAAAUGCUGCAGGUGAUCCCUGAAUAUGUCCAUCAUGUCUUUUUUGUUUUUGGAAACCUCAACACAUGCUGUGAUCCAGUCAUAUAUGGUCUUUUUACACCUUCAUAUCGUGCAGACUUGACAAGAUUUUUAUGUUGGAGAAAGAGGAAUGCUUUAGUAAUGCACCAGUUCUCUGGCUACAGGAGAGGAGCAAGUGGGGAGGCAGAAUCAGAUUUGGGCAGUGGUGACCAACCCAGUAGUCAACCCAGUAGUACCCAGCACUGA